AUGACCUUCGCCCCAAAAUCCGGCUGCCCAAUGUGCAGCAUCGUCUCUUCUGCAACCUCCGCUCCCGCAUCCCCCUCCGCCUCCUCGCGGCAGGCCGAGAUCCUCUGGAAAGAUGACAACUUCACCGUUUACCGCGAGAGCGCAAAUCCUGUCUCAAGCAAAGGGCAUGUCAUUAUUGUAUUCAAUUUACACGUGCCGUCAAUAUACACCCUGUCCUCAAGUGACCUCCCCAUCCUUGUUACCCUUCGCGACAUAGCACACCGCACACUCAACUCUAUCCAAGCGCCCUCCUCGCCCUCCGCUUCGCCCAUUGCCUCCGCCGGCUCACAACAAGCCAUCUCUGACAACGCCUCCCAGCUGACGAGUACGCGCGACUCGUUCCGGAUUGGCUUCAUCAACUCCCCGUUCAAAGACAACAAGAUCCCUGUCACUGACCACCUGCACGCGCACGCAUACAUUCUCCCUGCGGACCGUUUAGGCUGGUGGCGAGGCAUUGCGUACAGUUCCGUCGCUUGGUACGAGGUCGAUGACUUGAUUGCGGAGAUUCGGGAAGAAACUUCGAACAAUCGUGUGCGCUCCGGCAUGAACCCGAGACCAAUCGACCGCGUCCCUGGUGCAGGCAUGCGGAGAGGAACCGCCGACGGUAUCGAGACGACGGACGCACCGCUAGGGGUCGCGGACGUCGAACAGGGCGAGUCCGUGGGUAGCCCUAUGCUCCUGCCACCCACACCAUCAACCGGUGGAACGGUGACACAGGAGCGACCAUCAUUCAGUGAUUCUUCGAUACCCCAUCUGACGGUGUAG